AAAGUACGCGGGGACAGCAGGGAUGGCUGUCAGAGAGUGCCUGCCUCAGAGCGCCUUUCCCCGGGUUGAUGAGUCAUAAUGAGGGCCGGCCAGGUGCUGGAAAUGAGCACGGAGGCAGGUGAAGGGUGUGUGUGUGUGUGUGUGUGUGUGUGUGUGUGUGUGUGUGUGUGUGUGUGUGUGUGUUGUGUGGGUUUUUUUACUUGCUGAGUAAAAUGUUGCUUAGACAAUGAUUUCUCUGUGAAGUUUCACUGGAGUGUGUGUGAGUUUUCUUUUUGUGUGUGUGUGUGUGUGUGUGUGUGUGUGGCGGAGAGGAGCGAGAGAGGAAGGCGCAGCGCUGAAGAGAGGGAGAGCCGAGCGGAUCCACUUGAAAUCUGGAGGAUUUUCCAGACUCUCCUCCAGCGGAGAAGUGAGGGUGCAGGCUGGGAUUGAGCAAAGCAGCUCGGACACACACGUGGCGGCUCUGUGGAUGGACGACCGCGGCUGCAGGAUGAGAGCUCUGUGUUUGAACUUUGCCAUCACCUGUCUGUGGCUGCUUCCCUGCUCGGUACAAGAGUCAUCCAGUCCUUUGAGCCUAAAGAGCAAACAAUGGAGGGAGGCGGAAGCGGUGGACGACGCUGAGGGAGCAGCUUUGAAGGUCAAACACGUAUCCAAAGACUUACAAAUCAUCUCCACCAAACCCAAAAUGCACACGUACGGCUCGCUGAGCCCCUACGGCUGGCCACAGAACAUUUCACAAGCUCCAGACCAGUACCUGUACGGAGCUCCCUCCAAGUCCAAGCCUCCUGCCAAGACCUCCCCAAAGGCCAAGAAGAUCCUGGGCUGGGGCGAUUUCUACUUCAACGUGAAAACGGUGAAGUUCAGCCUCCUGGUGACGGGGAAAAUCGUGGACCACAUCAACGGGACCUUCAGCGUCUACUUCCGUCACAACUCCUCCCGUCUGGGAAACAUCUCUGUCAGCAUUGUCCCACCGUCCAAAGCGGUGGGGUGGGAGGUUCUGGACGGCGCAGCCGACGGCGGCACCAGCAAGAACUCGGUGCACUUCCCAGACCUGAGCACGCCUCAGUCGACCAGCUCCACUCCCACCGAACACCAGAAGCACCAACGGGAUGUGAUGAUGGUGACGGAGCUGAACUGCCGCGUCGAGUACCAGCGAACCAACCGCUCCAAGAAGACCAAGCCGUGCUUGUACGACCCGGGACAGACCUGCUACUCAGAGAACACGCAGUCCCAGGCCGCUUGGAUCUGUGCCAAGCCCUUCAAGGUUAUAUGCAUCUUCAUCGCCUUCACGGGCACGGACUACAGGCUGGUGCAGAAGGUGUGUCCGGAUCACAACUUUCAGGCGGAGCAGAGCCAGCAGCACCUCGGCUGAUCAGAGACGCGGGAGCUGGAACGUUCACUGUUUAUACUGUACAGUCGCCACACAUCCACACAAAAACUAAAACAGAAAGACUGAAAGCCUCCAGCGUCAUUUCUGAUUAGAAAUGCAUUUUGAAGUUCUUUCAGAGAGCAGUCUGAGCCACGGCUUUGUAAAUAGUUUUAACCUGAAACUGCUCCGGUUAGCCUGAACGUUACACCCCCCCUCCAAAAAAAAAACAGUAGUGAUGUAUUUGAUGCAAUCAUUUUCUGAAUUCAAAUCUACAUUUAAGUGUUUGACGAACCAAACUUUGGGUUUCUUUACUCUUAGCUUGUGAAUAAGACCCAGUGCUGUACAUAUUUAUGAAUCUAAAAUAACCUUUUUAA